AUGCAGUGGAAACCAACCUCGUCUCUCGACAGGCAGUAUUCUCCCGAGCCACCACCUGCUAUCGUCCGCCGUGCAGGCCCGCAAGACCUUGACGCUUCCGUCGUGUUCUGGGCCGACAUCGUUAUCAUCUGCGUUGCGGGAGCGUUCUUCCUCUUCACCCUCCCCCGCGCUGUCGCGAGGUUCGGCCCUGGCGGUGGCUGGCUAGAUGGUCAUUUCUUCCGCGGCAUCACUCCGUCCUCUGCAGUGUCCGAGAAGGCUGUCCAAGUCCGGAAUCCUUUGCACAUGAGAGCAUGGCAGGCGCGAUUCCCGGGUGCGAUGCGCAUCCUCCGAUAUCCUAUGAUUGGGCGCAUUCACACCGGCGGAGUCGCCAUCUGCGCACUGUACUUCGGGCUACUGCUCUUCGCGGCUCUGUACAAGAGUUCGAUCUUCAAGGAUCCUCAGCGUGCGGGUCUGGUCGCGGCGUCGCAGAUCCCGAUCGUGUAUGUAUUAGCGACGAAGAAUAACGUAUUGAGUGUUGCGUGGGGAACCGCGUAUGAUAAGUUGAACUACCUUCACCGUUUUGCUGGGCGACUCCUUGUGCUUGCUGCGAACGUUCACGCUAUAGGUUAUAUCUACUUGUGGACGAGGGAGCGUCGCUGGUUGAGGACCAUCGCCCAGCCACAAUAUGCUUGGGGCCUCACGGCACUCAUUCUUCUCGACAUUCUCCUUCUCUUCUCUCUCGCGUGGUUCCGCCAGAAGUUUUACAAUAUGUUCAUAUUCACUCACGUCAUUGCCUCCAUCGUCUUCCUCGUCGCGGUAAGCCUACACAUGAGCCAGGCUGUCCCAUAUGUCAUCGCCGGGGCAGUCUUCUACGGCGUCGACCGUAUCGUGCGCCUCCUGAAAACGCGUAUAGCCACGGCGACUGUGACGACGUUGCCCGAAAUAUGUAUGACCGAGCUGACCAUACCCAGCAUCAACGGCGGCUGGCGAGCGGGUCAACACGUCCGCGUUCACAUCCUUUCCAUGGGCAUGGGCUUCUAUGGCUGGCUGGAGAGUCACCCAUACACUAUCGCAUCCGCACCUACAGUGGCGCAUGGUGCCCCGGAGGGUCUUGUACUCUUGUCGAAGAAUUGCGGGAGAUGGACCAAGGCUCUGCAUGCAAUCGCUGCGGCGAAUACAAAAGGAGUAGAAUCAGGAAGUCAUGUGAAAGUGCUCAUCCAAGGCCCUUACGGCGGUCCUGGCUACACAUUGCCACACAGCUUAUCAGGUGCGAUGUACGUCGUCGGCGGCAGCGGCAUCUCGUAUGGUCUCGCGGGCGUCCAGGAGGUUCUACAGUACGCGCGAGCAGGAUCUAACACCGUUCGCAUAAUCGAGCUUGUGUGGUCCGUACACCACCCCGACUGCCUCACGCCUCUUCUGCCGACCUUCUCGUCGAUGCUCGCUCAGGCCCUCGCGUUGGACAUCAAACUCACCAUAUCCGUCUUCUACACGCGUGCAGUGACAUCUGACCACGAGUUCAAAGAGUACGCUCUUUCGCCCGGCCUCGCUCUCGAACCGGGUCGCCCUCCGGUAAACCACCUGGUCCACGACGUUGUCGGUCGUACAUUGCAUGCCAUCUCUGAUCGUGGGGAGCGCAGAGGCGUGUUUGUCGGGGCAUGCGGGCCUGGAAGUUUGGGUGAUGCUGUGAGGAAUGCAGUUAGCGACCUUGACGUCAAAGGGCAGUCGAACCUAGUUGGUGGCGUGGAGUUGCACGAAGAGAUUUUUUCCCUCUAA